AAUAAUAACAAAAAAAAUCAAGUUAAAUCAUAAUAUUGAAUCGAUAUUUGGCUUCAAUGAAUCGAACAUGCAAAGAUAUCUUUGAAUCUUCAACUCGAAAUUCAAAAAUCAAAACCCUAAAAAUCAAAUCGAUCUCUGCAUCCGGUUUCGAAAUAAAUCCCUAACCUAAGAUGAUGAAGAACAAUUAAUAACUAGUUGAAAUAGAAACAAAGUUAUUGAUCAAUCUGUUGAUAGUAGUGGCUGAUGCGGCGGAGCUGGUGGUGCUGGGUUUUUUUUUUUUUUGCUCGGUAAAUAGAUUUGUAUAUAGAAAUGUAAUGUACAAAAAUUAUUGUACGAAACCCAAGUACAAAUUACAACCCACAAUGAUAUUUCGAAGUUGAAAUGCCUAUAAGAUCCCAAAAUGGAAAACCCCAUUACAAAGACCAAAACAGAUGAAUGUCUAUCCAAAACUCAUAAAUCCAAAGAAAAAAUCGAGCCCAUAUAAAUACCUGAGAAACACUUUGAAAGCCCACAUAUCAUAUGGACAUAAGUCCACAAGUAAAUCCAAGUAAACCCUAACAUAGGUCUUCCAUCACAGUUUGCCGACAACCCCACUGUUGCACCUGCUGCUUUUGCCGAUCACCGCCAUCUGCUUCCAAAGUCAUCUUCCAUAACCAAGCCACCAAACGAAAUCGUCGCCACUUCUUUCACCUUAAACAUGUACCUAAUUAUGAAAUCAGUGAUUUCUUUUGAUGUUGAUCGAAAAAGAUGAAAUAUAUAAACGGAUUGACAAGACAAUCUGGCCACCAUAGUUACUGGAACCCCAAACACCCUUUCACCAACUAAAUCAUUACCCAUUGCCGCCACCCUGGAAAAGCAAACUGCUUACUAGAUGAACCCACCUUCACCAUCAACUGCCGCCAUCAUCAAACAACAAAUUUCAGACUUUCAUGACCCUGGUGGUGCUGGUUUGUGGUGGCGGCGACAAAGAAGAAGAAUGAAGUUUCUGUAUAGAAACGAAGAAGAAUGAAAGAAAAAUAGGAAGGUUAAAUAAGGUAGUAUAAUAAUUAUUUUUUUGGAAUUUAUAAUUAUACCGGAUAUUUGUAAAGUUCUUUAAGGAUAUUUGUGAAGGCUCGUCAGAAGGAGGGACAAUAGUUCAAUUACCAUAAAAAAGGAAUCUUAUUUCCCGUAAUAAUCAUGUAUUUGUCGGACUUGGGCUUCUAGAUAUGUAACCUUACUAUCCAAACCUCGAACUAUCGAACUAUGUGCUAGACAAGAAAAAGACAUCUGAUAAAUUUCAAAGACCUGUCAAAGUUUGCUCCUUCGGGCAUUACACAACGGCAACAGAAAGGCAUGGAAAUCGCACUCUUCUCCCCAUCUUCGAUUUUUGGCCACGAUGAAGACGAUGAUGAUCAAUCCUCUCCACAAAGAGAGGCUGUCCAAACUUACGAGGAAAGAACCCACAAAUUUCCUGAACUGGAAUUGUCGAUUCGGGAAUUUACAUUCCAUGAAUUGAAUGCCAACUUACUCUGGCCGGGAACAUUUUCAUUUGCUGAAUGUUUAGUUGACAACAAGCCUCGGUUCCAAGGAAGCCGCAUCAUUGAGUUGGGAAGUGGCACCGGAGCUCUGGCUAUUUUCCUGCGAAAAUCUUUUGGUGUAGAUAUUACAACUUCAGAUUUCGACGAUGAGGAAGUUGAAGAGAAUAUAGCUCAUAAUUGUCGGGUUAAUGGAAUAAUCCCUGCUCUACCACACAUCCGACAUACCUGGGGAGAAACGUUUCCUACCUCUGAUCCAGAUUGGGACUUGGUCAUUGCUAGCGAUAUCCUACUAUAUGUAAAGCAGUACCCAAACUUAAUCAAGACUCUCUCCUUCCUUCUUAAGUUAUACAAACCCAGUCUUAGCAGUCCACAAGAUACUUUAAACGGAUUUCCAUGUCCAGCAUUCUUAAUGAGUUGGAGACGCAGGAUUGGAAAGGAAGAUGAAGCAUUGUUCUUCACUGGGUGUAAGGAUGCUGGUCUUGCUGUAGAACAUGUCGGAUCUCGUGUGUUCUGCAUCAGCCCUAUUGAAUAUACUACAACUGCCGAAACAAAGAAAGUGAACGAUCACAGUAACGCCACUUUUAGUUAUGAUUCGGUCUUAUGGAUGGUUGGGAACCAUAUUCUUUUCUUUUUCUUUUAUGUUGUACACUUAUUUGAUUUGGAGAAUGUAGUGUGUAAGACGGUCACCAUCAAGUGUUUCAUCUCCACUGCUCAGACAAUUUUGCAAGGAAACCUAAAAAUCUUUACUAUUUGCAAGUUCCUCAAUAAUUUCUUCGAUUGGCAUUGUGUUCUGUCUGCUAUGUAA